CAGAUUCAACAAGGGCGGCGGAUUUUGUUUUUCCGUCAAGAUCGAGAGGCGUGCGAGAGCGUCCAUCCCUUCCUCUAAGGGCCCAAACAGCACCCAUUUCCUCGUCGUUCAGAGCUCGACCGGCACCACUCGAUCCUCGACGUCACGCCUUCCGGUCAAGGAUAAUCACUGCUACUGCUGCAACCAAGAAGUUCAGGGUUAGAGGAGCUCACUCAUGCCUAAAUUCUCAUGAGUGCUGAAACUGUAAUUCAUAGUGGUGGAUGCCACUGCGGGCAUGUCAGGUGGCAGGUUGAGGCAUCACCAAGUGUUGUUGCAUGGAGUUGCAACUGCUCUGACUGUUCCAUGAGGGGCAACGUUCACUUUAUUGUACCAUCUGCCAAAUUCAAGCUUAUUGGAGAUUCCGAGAAGUUUCUUACUACCUAUACCUUUGGCACACACACAGCCAAGCAUACUUUCUGCAGAGUCUGUGGCAUAACCUCUUUCUACUUCCCAAGAUCAAAUCCUGACGGUGUUGCUGUGACAUUUAAGUGUGUUGACUCUGGUACACUCAGACAUAUCGAAAUCAGGUGUUUUGAUGGAAGAAACUGGGAGAAGUCCUAUGAUCAAAGUUCCGUAUCAUCAUUUUCCAAAUUGAGUGGUGAAAGCCACCACCAUCAGUAAUUGGGUUUUGAUGAACAAGCAUGCUGAUUGGGAUCCUAGUUGGCUCUCGAGGAUUUGAAAUAUCAGAUCACUAUUGUUUAAUGUUUAGCUUGUCGAGAGUUCUUAUGUCGUUUUGUGAAAUUGAGAAAGAUUAUCAUUAAUCAUGAUUGUCGUACUCAGGUUUCCGUCUAAUGUGUUCUCUGGUAUUCUCACAUAUGUCAGCAUUUGAAUGGGAGAAACUGGGAGAGUAGUAUGUUGUAUUAUGUUGUGUUUGCUUUUAUAGUUUGAUGAUGAGAGCCUUUUUAUUUUAUAGUUGUGUAUAUUUGUCUUGAUCUUUUAAUAGGGCAUCCAAACAGGCUGUACACCAUUAGUGAA